UUGGGUCGGCUUCCGGAGAACUUCAACGGAGUCUCCAGAGGCCCACAAGGAGCCGAAGAGUCCUGGCCAAUCAGAGUGUGAUGGAACGUUCUAGAAUUCCAACGUGGCGUGCUACUAUUGGUCGGUAGCAUAAUGUGUUGUUAUCGGAUUGGCUGUAAAAUGAUGUUGAUUUAACAGACGCCAAAAUCUAUAAAUACCCAUGAUUUUCUGUACAAAGAUGAACCUUGGAAUAAAGUGCUUUCUCUCAUUCUUGUGUCUUCUCUCUGGAGUUCAAGUCGCUGUGUAGUUCUAGACUGCGGUUUAUCGGAAUAGCUUAGGAAUCGUAUAUAGCGUUCAACCUACACGACUUAUCAGUGGCGACGGGGAUGAAAACUUCAAUGAAUAUUUCCUUGGAGCAAUUAGAAGCUUAUAUGGUGCGUCAAGAAAAGAGGUUUGAAGAGUCCCAUAUUAGAAUCAUGGAAACCCUGAUGCAGAAAUUCUGCCUGUCCGAGAAAAACCCUGCUUCUAGUGAAUCUCAAGUAUCACAUACUGAUUCAGCCAUUAACGCCAUCCAUGAAUUUAAUUUUGAUGGUGUAGCAGGUGUAACUUUCGAGUCGUGGUUUAAGAAGUAUGAAGAUUUGUUUUAUAUUGAUCUUUGCAAACUGGAUGAUGCUUCAAAAGUCAGAAUACUUCUUAGAAAACUUGGGACUAUGGAACAUGAACGCUAUAGCAACUUCAUUCUUCCGAAGAACCCACGAGAUUUUAGUUUUGAUGAUACAGUCAAAACCCUAUCCCAAAUCUUUGGAGAACAAUCAUCUCUAUUUAAUAUCCGUUACCAGUGCUUAAAGUUAACGAAAGAACCAGGAGAUGACUGGGUGAAGCAUGCAGGAACUGUGAACCGAGAAUGUGAGAGAUUUAAAUUGUCGUCCAUGUCUGAAGAUCAGUUUAAAUGCUUAGUAUUUAUCUGCAGCCUGCGUUCACCCGAAGAUGCCGAUAUCCGAACCAGAAUCCUAAGCAAACUCGAACACUGCCCUAACAUGACCCUGCAAGAAGUGACUACUGAGUGCCAAAGGUUAGUAAACUUAAAGCAUGAUACCUCAAUGGUAGAAAACGGUAACUGUUUCCGUAACGUCAGUGCAGUCAAGAGAAAAGUCUUUCAAGGUUCCAGUACCCAUAAUUUCCAAAAUAACAGCGACAAACCAUCAUCUCCAUGCUGGGCAUGUGGAGGUUGGCACUAUAAGAGGUUUUGCCCAUAUAAAGAACAUCGUUGCAGCAAAUGUCAUCGGAAGGGGCAUAAAGAAAACUUCUGCAGGAGAAGAGACUAUAGAAAACGUACCGUGAAAUCUUACUCAACGAAAUACAGAUAUAGUGCUCCAACCAACAAGAUAUUGGUAUCACAUAACAGAGCACGAAGUUGCCACCAAAGAAAGUAUGUGACCUUGAAUAUUAAUAAACACCGUACCCGCCUUCAGCUGGACACAGCUUCUGAUAUUACUUUAAUCAGCCCAGAAACGUGGAAGAACAUUGGGAGACCCACAGUUUUCCCAACAACACAGCUGGCACACAGUGCAUCUGGGGGGAAGUUGAAUAUUGUUGUAGAAGUGCCAUGCACUGUUUCUAAAGGUACGUUAACAACAAAUGCAACAUUGUAUCUUACUAAGAAGCCAGCACUAGACUUAAUGGGGUUGGACCUUAUAGAAACACUUAAACUAGCAGAUCAUUCUAUCAACAGUAUCUGCAGACGAGUAAGUACAGACAACACCCCAGAAUGGAAUCAGAAAAACGCCAUGCUACAAAGACAUCAAAACGUGUUUAGAGAAGGAUUGGGAGAAUGUACGAAAGCUAAGGCACUGUUAACUCUAAAACCUGAAGCUGCUCCCGUUUUUCGACCCAAAAGACCUGUACCCUAUGCUGCUCUUCCAAUAGUUGAACAAGAAUUACAACGACUUCAGCAAAUGGGUGUUAUCGAGCCUGUGAACUUCUCGAAUUGGGCUGCACCAAUAGUGGUGGUCAAGAAGUCGAAUGGAAGUGUUCGUUUAUGUGCAGACUACUCCACGGGAUUAAAUGAAGCGCUACAGUCUCAUCAGUAUCCGUUACCCUUACCAGAAGAUCUUUUCGCUAAGCUGAACGGUGGCAGAUAUUUUGCGAAAUUGGACUUAUCAGACGCAUACCUACAAAUCCCUGUAUCUGAUGAAAGCAAAGAUCUCUUAACGAUCAACACACACAAAGGUCUGUUCCGGUAUAACCGACUACCUUUUGGGGUAAAGACAGCACCCUCUAUUUUUCAGCAAAUUAUGGAUACCAUGUUACAAGGUAUUUCAGGAGCUGCAGCCUACCUAGACGACAUCAUAAUUACGGCAGUAGAUAAAAUGGACCUGCAGAAGAAACUGGACCAGGUACUAGAACGCAUAGCUGAUUAUGGUUUUCGCCUCCGGGCGGAAAAGUGUGACUUCUAUAUGCAGCAAGUACGGUACCUUGGGUUCAUAAUAGAUAAAGACGGAAGACGACCAGAUCCAGAGAACAUUGAAGCAGUGAAAAGAAUGCCUAGACCCAGGGACGUUACAACCCUACGAUCAUUCUUGGGAUUGGUCAGUCAUUACGGUACCUUUCUCCCCGAUCUCCAUCGUCUACGUGCUCCACUAAACAACCUACUACAAAAGAACACAAGAUGGAAUUGGUCUGCAGACUGCCAAGCAUCUUUUGAGAAAAUCAAGCAACUCCUAACUUCCGAUCUCUUAUUGACACAUUAUGAUCCUUCUCUACCGAUAGUCGUCGCUUCAGAUGCUUCUAACUAUGGUGUGGGCGCAGUUAUCUUUCAUAUUUUUCCUGAUGGGUCUGAAAAAGCUAUCUCACACGCUGCCAGAUCUUUGACAACGACUGAAAGGAACUAUAGCCAAAUCGAGAAAGAAGCCCUAUCGAUUAUAUUUGCAGUGAAAAAGUUCCACAAGAUGAUAUAUGGUCGACAUUUUACCCUAAUAACAGACCAUAAGCCACUA